UCUUCAUCUAACAAAAGGGUCUCAGUUCUUCACCUACAGCCAAUACCACCUUGGAAGUCUGUCGCAGGUCCGCCAGCUGCCUCAGCUCCCCCGCCCGGAAUUUCUCCUGCGCCGCCAGCUGCAUCGCUCCCGCUCCAGGACCGACCGAUACCCCGGCAUCGGGCGAGCAGGCGCCAGCACCCAAAACGAGCCUUAAAGCUUUGCGCAAAAUUGUCAAUCCGAUCUCCAACCGCGCGCUUCCUGGGUUCCUACACAGACAACCUACAGAGUCGCCAUCGAGCCUGGGCCCUAACGUCGAGCCCAGAAACUCGACUAUUCUCGUCGUCAGCACUCGACAACUUGUUGCCCACCACGGCGGUCACCAGAGCUUCCGCGAUCCAUCCUUCUCACCCACCACUACGACCCUUCGACCCUUUUCAACAGUAACACGGACUUGGUUCGCAUCCCUCAACAAUGUCGUCGAAUAGGCCGGCAGCAUUCAACACCCUGCGGAUGGGAGAAGUUAUCCGUGAGAAGGUUCAAGAUGGUGUCACCGGGGAGACGCGGGAAAUACAGUAUACCCAGUGCAAGAUCGUUGGCAACGGGUCCUUUGGCGUAGUCUUCCAGACGAAGUUGUCGCCGUCCAAUGAGGAUGCAGCGAUCAAACGAGUCUUGCAGGACAAGCGGUUCAAGAACCGCGAGCUCCAGAUCAUGAGGAUCGUGCGGCACCCCAACAUCGUGCAGCUGAAGGCUUUCUACUACUCCAACGGCGAGCGCAAAGACGAGGUCUAUCUGAACCUCGUGCAAGAGUUUGUGCCCGAGACCGUAUACAGGGCCUCGAGAUUUUUCAACAAGAUGAAGACCACGAUGCCCAUGCUAGAAGUCAAGCUGUACAUCUAUCAGCUUUUCAGGGCCCUUGCCUACAUCCAUUCACAAGGAAUCUGCCAUCGGGAUAUCAAGCCGCAGAAUCUUCUCUUGGACCCUAGCACCGGUGUGCUGAAGUUAUGCGACUUUGGCAGUGCUAAGAUCCUGGUAGAGAACGAGCCUAACGUGUCAUACAUUUGCUCGCGGUAUUACCGGGCCCCGGAGCUGAUCUUUGGCGCAACGAACUACACAACCAAGAUCGACGUCUGGUCCACCGGCUGUGUCAUGGCUGAACUCAUGCUGGGGCAACCGCUCUUCCCUGGAGAGUCUGGAAUCGACCAACUCGUCGAGAUCAUCAAGGUUCUGGGAACGCCGACCCGCGAACAGAUUCGAACUAUGAAUCCGAACUACAUGGAGCACAAGUUUCCCCAAAUCAAACCCCACCCCUUCAACAAGGUGUUCCGUAAGGCGGACGCCAAUGCCAUCGAUCUGAUCGCGCGGCUGCUUGAAUACACCCCGACAGAACGGUUGGGUGCCAUCGAUGCCAUGGUUCACCCGUUUUUCGACGAGCUCCGUGAUCCCAACACGAAGCUCCCCGAUUCAAGGCACGGAACAGGCACACUCAGGGAUCUGCCUCCCUUGUUCGAUUUCUCACGUCACGAGCUGUCCAUCAAUCCUCAGCUGAACCACCAGCUCGUACCCCCACACAUGGUUCCUGUCCUCGCGGCACGUGGGCUCGAUAUCGACGACUUCACACCCAUGAACAAGCAAGAGAUGAUGGCCAAGCUAGAUUGAGUUGGCUGGGCCGGGGUUGACGAAGUUGCUUCCCAUCGAUUCACGUUCACAGCGUCGGUUAUAAUGGGCAGUUUAUGCUGUAUUUCGUCAGCGCGACCACCAGC